AUGAACGACCUUCCCGACGAGAUCCAACAUAUUACCACGGACAUAAUGCCGCUUAGUCUUCUCCUGACGCGACUUGCGCAGAUCUCCCACAACCACAUCCAGGAACUCAUCUCGGAACUGGCGACAAGGCCGAUCGCGGCAAAUGCCAUCAACGGCGGCAGCCCCGAUUACCGCAGUACGACCGCCGAAGAUACAUCGCCUGACAGUCUUGAGAAGAAGAGGAUGAUUCUGAACUUCAUCCAAGAUCUCCACGCCAAAUGGGUCAAGGCCCUCGUGAUCACGGAAUGGAGCAGGAAGGCGGAGCUUGUUGGAAAGCUCAUCGACCUUAAAGCCCAUAUCGAACAGCAGCUUUAUCAUUACACUGCUGUGCUGUGGGAGAUGGCCAAUGUGAAGCGCGACCUUGUCUUCGCGCGGUUGCCAAGCCCGGAUCUCAAAACAGCUCUUGAGGUGUUCUCGUCUGGAGAAGUAUCGUGGAUGCCAGAACUCGGCUUCAUCGACCCGCCGCCUCUCACUCCACAAGAUCAGCUCGAGUGGAUAGAUAAUCUCAACACUUUGCUCUCUGUGCGGUUGACCUUGGAUGACUACGAGAAGAUACCGUACCAUUUCAGAGACUACUCCAUCAGCUCCGGCCGCGUUACAUUUAGAGUGGCGGGAGAGUUCGAAGUAGAUCUGACAAUUGCCGACGAAGACUUUGAGAAGCAGUUCUGGUUUAUAGAUUUCCGGUUCCUCUUCACGCCCGCGCCGACGGAGCUCUCGGCUGCGGUCCGAGGCUUUCUGGAGGCCAAGGUCAACGACAUCCUAUCUACGGACGGCUUGGCUGGGUGCUACCACUUCCUCCACGAGUUUGUCUUGACGCACAAGAUAACGGAAUUCACGCGCCAAGCCGUGGAACUGACCCGUGGCCGAUGGACAGAAACUCUCAAGAUCGAGAGACUGAACCGCGGGAUGGCUAUCCAGUACUGGGUCGGCAGGCCCACCUCCAGCCUCAAGAGUUGGAUUAUCCUGGGGGCUAACAGCGGGAAAAAGGCGGAUGGGUCUCGAGAUGCAAAGGCUGCGAGCCACCUCACCCUGCGCUGGUUCCGGGACAACAAGGAGGUGAAGGACUGCGACAUCGCCUUCGAUGUCAACGAGCUCUCCACAGAGGCCCUCCUAAAAACCAUCAUCGCCCGACAUGUCGAAUACAUCCUCUCAUCGAUCCACAAGAAACUCCUGAGCUAUCCUCGCUUCGGCAGCAUGGAAGCGCCGCUAAGCUUGGAAAUUUCCGAGACGGAGCCAAUGCUCUCGCAACUGGUAAUGCGACUGUCACAUGCAGAUAACCUUACCGUGAGGAUGGACCCGACGACAGGCUCCUUCUCCCUGAGCCCACAGUCGCGAAUUGUGCAAUCCGGAGAGCGGAAUCUCAACGUCACGCCCAAAGAUCCCGUGGACGAAGGCUUCAUCAUUUUGGAGAAGACUCGGUGCUUCUGUGCAACCGAAGAGCUGACCCGCCGUGGCAAGAGUAUGGGUUGGAUUGGCCAUCAACCACCAGUGAGGCCCGACGACCUGAGGCCCCUCAUGAACACUCGCGAUGCGUUCCACAGUGUCUGGCUGAAGCGCCAAGGCUGGGGACCCGAGUGGUUCAUCUUGGUGACCCUGAGUCUGGCGGGCGAUCGCUGGUGGUUAGUCGAAGUGACAAAUACUAGCCCCGCGCGGCGAAUAAGAACUUUCAGCCAGUUGACGCUGACAUCGGCGCAACCGAACCUGUCCGAUGCCUUCUUCGACAACCUCACAGUCUUCGUCACGGCCAUGAUAUCGCAGCUCGCAGAUUCACGGGUGCUCUAUGGCAAGCGGGUACGACACUCGGUCCAAGACCUUCCAGGCUUCCCUCUGGAUCCGCACGCCAAAAUGCCUGCGAUGUACGUGCGGCUCUCCGAGAUAGUACCAUCCCUGGCGGCGCGCACUGGGUCCCGGCGCCCAUGGGCGAAGGACUUCGUCCAGCUCACGUUCAUGGGCGCGCAGAGGCUUGGCGGCGGUCGCCGCACACCGAGUCCGGACCGAUCGGAGGACAGCCUAGGCAUCAAUGUGAUUGUGGAAGCCAAGCUUGCCGUAACAGACAGGUCGAAGUUCAGCCUGCUCAAGGGCAACGUCGACAACGACGUAAUAUUCAACCCCAGGCUUGGCCAGUUCGCUCUGCGGCUACGGGCCGAGGCUGGAAAGUCUAUUGUCGAUUCGCUAGCGACUCGACUUGAGGCAAUUGCCCGGCUGGUGGACUUCGUCGACACCAUGCGGCGAAACGGUGAAGGCAUUGCCUGCGAGAGCGUGACUCUGCGCCAGGUCGUCUUCACGUAUGGCGAGGGUCUUGCGGGCACCCAACCAGACGAUGAAGCCCCGCAGAAACAGCGCCGCUGGAAAGUCUGGCUCGAUCUUGCGUCGGGCAACAUCCGGCUCGAAGAGCGGAAUCCGCAUCUGCGCGUCCUCGACAAGCUCAAGGACCUGGCGGACACGUCGUCUCUCAAGCUCCUGCCUUCUCUCCUGAGUCUCACCCUCCCUCUCCUCAGGGGUAUCGAGGCCAUCGAGGCCUCCUGGGAGGAGAUCGCGAUGCGCGAUGAGGGCACCGUCGAGACCUUCUACAAAACGCUCGACUACAUAACUCUACGGUACAAGCUUCCCGGUCCCCCGAGCCAGCCGCGGCAGCUGAGGCUGCGGCUGAACAUGAGAAUGCGGAGAGGGGAGCUGUGGUGGCACCUGUGGCGGGAAGGCAGCACCAGUCCCGAGAACGAAUUCAACAAGGCCCUCAAGCACAUCUGGGAGGGCCACGGCGAGGGCUGGAGGGGUUUGGGGUCUAGCGCCAUCGCGAAGCCGGCCACGGGGAUCGAGCCGUUGCUGUCGGCCGUUGACGACGCCGUCCGUGCCCUGAUCGGGUCUGCGCCACCGCCUCUGUCGGCGGCUGCAGGGGCGUUGCAGCAGAGUUUCGGCGAGUCUGCCACUUCCACAAGGCUUUCGCAGUCGUCGAAUGCGUCUCAGCGGCGUGCCUCCCAGACCCUUACCCAGCCAAGCAGCCAGAGCCAGACCAGUAGGGUUGGCGGGAAGGCAGCGUCGCCUAUUGUGGUGUUAGAUUAG